GAAUGCUUCCUGUUCCUCUCAGGACUAAAACAAAUAGUAGAGGCAAAAAGAAGUUUAGCAUUUCGAUGUUAUUGUUUCUGGAAUAAAAAUGACAGGAAGACAGCGCAGUUUAUUUCAAGCUCUCCUCCUCUUCGUCUUGUUGUUUGUCGGGUUUGUUUGGGGAAUUCGCCAGUUUCGGAGUUUGGAUCAUUUGCGGGCGAAAGCCAGCGAUGAAACGCAAACCAGAGCCGUGAGGGAGCUGCUGACGAGAUUGUUAGGAGAAAUAUCGCGAGAUUUCGUCGUGUCCGUGAACAGCUCGCUGUCCCGUCGUGGUCUGGACGUGUGCGAGCUCCGUUCUGCGAGAAACGACCAGGUCGUGGCGGUGGGCAGCAGCGGCGUGGCGGCAGCCGCGGGCGUUUAUAACUAUCUGAAGUACUACUGCAACUGCCAUGUGUCGUGGUCUGGAGAUCAGCUGCGCGUGCCCCGACCUUUACCCCCCAUCACGGGCGUUCUGCGAAUCAGCACGCAGCACAGAUUCAGGUACUACCAGAAUGUGUGCACUCAGAGCUACUCGACUGUGUGGUGGGACUGGGAACGAUGGCAGCGAGAGAUCGACUGGAUGGCACUGAAUGGCAUCAAUCUGCCCCUGGCUUUCACCGGGCAGGAGGCGCUGUGGCAGGAGGUUUACAGGUCUCUGGGUCUAAAUCAGACGGAGAUCGAUGACUUCUUUACUGGUCCAGCGUUCCUUGCGUGGAAUCGGAUGGGGAAUCUGUUUGAGUGGGGAGGCCCGUUGCCUCGGUCCUGGCACACCAAACAGCUCUCUCUGCAGGUUAAAAUCUUGGAGCGGAUGAGAUCGUUGGGAAUGAUUCCUGUUCUGCCAGCUUUCUCAGGGAUCGUGCCUCGUGGAAUCAUGCGCUUGUUUCCCAAAGCCAACGUGACCAAGCUGGGGCCGUGGAGCCAUUUUAACUGCACGUAUUCCUGUGCAUUUGUGCUGGACCCACGUGACCCGCUGUUCCUGGCAAUCGGCUCUCUGUUCCUGUCGCAGGUGGUUAAAGAGUUCGGGACGGACCACAUCUACAACACAGACACCUUUAACGAGAUGACGCCUGCCUCCUCUGACCCAGCCUAUCUGGCCUCAAUUAGUAGCGCAAUAUUCUCCACUAUGACCUCAGUGGACCCACAGGCCAUUUGGCUGAUGCAGGGCUGGUUAUUCAUCAGCAACCCAGACUUCUGGAAACCUCCACAGAUCCAGGCGCUCCUUCACGGCGUACCUCAGGGACGUAUGAUCGUCCUAGACCUCUUUGCUGAGUCCAUGCCCGCUUUUAACUUCACCCAGUCCUUCUAUGGCCAGCCCUUUAUCUGGUGCAUGCUUCACAACUUUGGAGGCAACAGUGGCCUGUUUGGCGCAGUGGAGCGUGUUAACUCUGGUCCUUUCGAAGCUCAGAAGUUCCCUGGUUCCACUCUGGUGGGCUUAGGCAUUGCGCCCGAGGGCAUCGAGCAAAACCCAGCCAUCUACGAGCUGAUGGCUGAGCUGGCGUGGCGCAAAGAAGCAGUCAAUUUGACCGAGUGGGCAACGAUGUACGCCUGGCGCCGCUAUGGCACCACUAACGAGAGCCUGGCGCUUGCCUGGCGCCUGCUGUUUGGGAGUGUGUACAAUUGUACCAUUCCUGGGUACAAGAACCACAACAGGAGUCCUCUGGUGCACCGACCAUCUCUAAAGAUGCAGACUGAAAUUUGGUACAAUCCGAGAGACGUCUAUGAGGCCUGGAAGCUGCUGUUGGGAGCGGCACCGUCGCUGAUUUCCAUUGAUACAUUUCGUUAUGAUCUGGUGGAUGUGACGCGUCAGGCUGUUCAGCUCCUGACAACACAGUUCUUCGAAGAAAUACGAGAUGCAUUCCAGGUCCAGAAGCUUCCAGAACUCCUGACAGCUGGAGGUAUGCUUGUCUACGACCUCUUACCCGAACUGGACUGCCUCCUUUCCAGUGACGCACACUUCCUGUUGGGGGCAUGGCUUGAGCAAGCACGCUCGCUGGGCAUGGAUGAACAGGAGGCGGAGCUAUAUGAGUUGAAUGCCCGCAACCAGAUCACGCUGUGGGGACCUGACGGCAAUAUCCUGGACUAUGCUAGCAAAGAGUGGGCGGGGCUAAUGGAGGAUUACUACACGCAGCGCUGGAGGCUGUUUGUCAGCACUCUCGUGGAGUGUGUGGACCGCAGCCAACCUUUCAAGCAGGAUGUUUUCAACAAGGCUGUGUUCCAAAUCGAGAAAGGCUUCGUCUACAACUGGAAGAGAUACCCCUCCAAACCGAGUGGGGAUACGUACAGCAUUGCUCUGAGGAUAUUUCUCAAAUACUACCCACAUGUUCUGAAGAGGUUAAAACCAUAAACCACGUGAAACACAAAAUCGGGCCGUAGGAUCAAUACUAUAUACAGUAAUGUUUUAAUGUAAUACUACACAGAUACUUUCUGUCUGCUAUUUCCUGUCCUGUCAAAGUCGGAUAUUCUACAAUUUGUUUUUGUUUUUCCAAGCCACUGAUUCAUUUCUUCAGUUUCAGGUCAAAUUUUAGUUACUGCUGUACUAUCACAGUCAAAUUUAAUGACAUAAAUUAUUAUAGAAGUAUAAAUAUUUUGUUAGUCCUAUUCAGUAUUGAUAGUGCACCUAUACAUUUAAUGAAUAAGUCCUAAUAUGUAUCGUAAUUGUACAUUCAAGGACAGUACAAAAGAAGAAUGCACAGAUGACAAAAAUAUUCUAGUUGGGCUCCUACCCCUCAGUCUGUCUCCAUCACUACGGGUGCACUCAUGAUUCACUGUGAUGGCCAACAGGCAUAAGGAUACUGCCAUAUUUGGGUGACUGGCUCCUGUGUGUCCCCAUCUGGGACACACUUCUUCACACACCUUAUGGUAUUUAGACUAGUGGUUGCAUAACUCGGCCACUCGGCUGAAAUCGUGGAUUCUGGAACUGAGAAUGUGCAGCAUAGAAGCUCAUGCCUGUCUUAUAGCUCCAAUAAUUGAUCUUUUUUGGGUGGAGGAUGCAGUGUCUAUAGUGGUGUCUGGGAAGAUUUUCCAGGCUGACAAUAUUCCGGGAGUCAAACAUCCGAAAACAAGUCUGAGUUGGCAACUGGCGUGUUCCACUCGAAUAUCGCUGAGUGGAAUUGGAUAGUAAUGUGCAACCCGUGGCUCUGAAUACACUCUCUUAUACAGUACUGGUCACAGUGGAAUUUGCUUUGCCACAGUGCAAGGAUUUGAGACUUGAAUAAAUUUCAGAAAUGACACCAGCAAUGUUUAUAACAAACUUUGAAUUUAAUUAUGCUGUUAAUAACCUUUAAACAAAGCACACCACAGUGUGAACAGUCAGGAGGUGUAGAGUCUUUAUUUACUCUGCACUGAUGUCUGUCUGUUUGCCCGCUUGUCUAUCCAUCAGUUAUCGUCUUACUGCUUCUGUCUCUGUCUGACUGUUUGUUUUUCUGUCUUACUGGAUGUCUGUUUCUUCAUUUAAAUAUCUUUUUAAAUGGAGUCUCAGCGAGAGGGGCACAAGUUCUUAAUCAGACUUCAACCUUUAAGAUCCUGAAGCUUGUGGCCAGAAAAGUAUACAAAAGAAAACAGACAUGCUGUAGCCCAUGGCUAGAGCUUCUGAGUCUGAGAAUAUUAUUUAGUGGAGAUGUUUACAAUACCACAUUUAGUGAUUGGUUAGAAGGCUGAUUUAAACCAAUGAAGAGGUGACCGAUGGUCUUGUUUUCCACGCAUUCCACUUUCAUUUCUUAGUUUUCAGGCAUUACUGAAUUAAAUGACUUAAAUAAAUGACUUGGGGGAGAUGAAAUGCUAUUUUUGUACCACACUGAAUAAAAACCAUUCUUUUCCUAUUGUUAAUGUCUGUCUUUGCUAUGUCUCCUCAGCUCACAACUGUAACAAAGUGUUUGGAUAAACUAUUUUAAUUCCUGACUAUUCAACAAUUGUAUCACUUAAGUGAAAACUUCACCAUAUCAACAGUUGCAAGCAUUUUUAUUCCAUUUAUGUGGAGUCCCUGUGUACGUUGUUACUGUAGAAACUAAACCAAAGGGAAAUAAAUUAAUGUAUUCAUUUUG